AUGGUUUCGCUCGUCGCCGCCUACGGCCUGCUCCUCCAACCGACAGCACGUCGGCCCUCGCCACUCCGGCGGUUCCUCUCUCCGGUGCUCGAGGCGCCUGCGCCGCUCGCCUCGCUGCUCGAUCUGGCCGACGAGUACGACGCCUUUUUGCUCGACCAGUUUGGAGUCAUUCACGACGGCAAGACGGCGUAUGAGGGCGCAGUCGACGCCGUCUGCGAGCUGCAGCGCCGUGGCAAGAAGAUCGUCAUCAUAUCCAACAGCAGCCGCCGCAAGAGCGACACGCUCGCCCGCCUACGCUCCAUGGGCUUCGGGCCGUGCGAGGGCGAAGGCGCCUCUGAUGUCCCGCCCAUCUCGGUCGUCACGUCCGGCGACCUGGUGUGGGAGGGCCUCUCGGCCGCUGCGGCCGCGCCCUUCGCCGAUCUCGGCCUCAGGUGCACCGUCUUUGGCAACGGCGAGGACGACGAGGAGUACGUACGUACCGCCGACGCCGAGGAGGAGGGCUUCCGGGCUGCGCUGGCCGCGCGGCCGGGCGGGCUGCCACUCGUGGUCGCGAACCCGGACACGGUGCGUCCCGACGGCAAGGACUCGCCGAUGCCCGGCCUCCUCGCGGCGCGCUACGAGGCGAUGGGCGCGACGGACAUCCGGCCCGUCGGCAAGCCGCACCCGCUCAUCUACGAGGCGUGCCGCGCCCAGCUCGCCAUCGCCGGCAUCGACGCGGCGGGCGCGCGCGUCGCCGCCGUCGGCGACUCGCUGCACCACGAUGUGCUCGGCGCGAGCCAGAACGGCGUCGAUUCGGUCUUCAUCUGCGGCGGAGUGCACUACCGAGAGCUCGAGGUGCCUCAGGCCGCCGCCGUGCCGCCCGCGGCCGACAAGCUUGCCGCGCUGCUGGCGACCUUUGCUUCGGAGCACGGCGGUUGCACGCCGACUCACGCGCUGGCAGGGUUUCGCCUCUAG